AUGCAUUCAACACUACCAGAGUACACCUCAAGGAAUGAAUUACUUCCCAAAUAUACUUCCUCGAUAAACCUUCAUGGGUUUGCGUUACUCAAAAUAGAGUUUUUGACUCCGUAUCAGUGCAACAAUGGAAAUAGAUCUUGGAAACCAGUACUUUUACAAAUAAACUCAACUCAACUAAACAUAUACAAUAUCAAUGCCGAUAAAAAGUUGAAAGAGUUGCUCGUCAUUUUGUACUUUGAGUUGAAUAGUUUAAAGCAGUUGACAGCUGACAUCAACACUGAGUACAAGAAAAACAAUGGGGUGGAUUUCAAUUCAAGUCAAAGUGAACCAGAUGAUUUCUUUUCUGAGGAUGCGUACGCCGGUAUCAGAAAGGAUAAUCCGUUUAGCGAAUCCAAGUUUGGAAAGUUAAAGAACAAGUUCAAGACGCAGAAGAAUCACAAGAUACUUUCCACCAUUACCAACUACUAUGAUAUAUUAAAAGACAAUCAAUUACUUUUCGAACCAACUAGCGGCGACAUCAAAGGCACCACAUUUGAAAAACUCAAAGGCUCAUUACUUCACUCAUAUUCACUAGCUCAUUUACAAGUUGGUGAAGCACCAUCAUUGAACCAAUUGAUUUCCGCCAUGUACAAAGAAGAUCAUUCAUCAUCGACGUCAAACAUAUCAUCAUUGGUCAAGUACAAAAACUCGCUUCGGCUAAGAAUUGAAUACAAACAAGUGUUGCUUCAAUUUUGGUCAUUUCAUGGAAUGGCUAGAUGGUUUAGGACCAUGACUAUUGGUAAAGAUUUGAGCUCACCGUUGGAGUCGAGAACUGUCACUAAUUUCAAGUCAAUCCCAUCAAGUUUCAAUCGAAGAAAUAAUACAUUGUUAGCAGCAACAGCUGCUGCCGCCACUUAUAAUAGGAAAAGACAUUAUAGCCAUGAAGUUGAUAACAAUACGAUACAACUGUUUAAAGAUGAACAGCGGACUUACAAGGACCGAAGUGCGUAUGUUAUAAACACAGAGGACGAAGAGGAUUCUCUGUUUGACAACGCACAACAAUACGCGAGACCAGAGUCCAUACUUUCAUCAAUUUCAUCGGUAGAAAAAACUGGUUACGUCAACAUCAAUGGGUUCAAGUUUGUAUCCAAUGAAAAUGCAUACACAACAUUAGAGAAGCAAUACAUAUCCAAUUGUGUUCCCGAUCUCAAUUCUUUUGACAAAUGGAAUGGAAAUCUCAUGACUAUAAGCAAUGCCGAAUUUUUUGUCAAAGAUGGAAGUGGCAACAAUGAGAGUGACAAUACGUUUAUAGGUUACAACAUACUAGGUGAUAUGGUUCAAAGAUUUGAUAGAAAAUCCUGCAACCUCAAUGAACAAAACAAGUCCAGUCACACAAGAACAUUCUUGAUACAACGGGAUGGUUUGGCCGAAGUUAAACAGGACGAGUGA